UCUCUCUCUGCGCGAGCUGCUGCCAGUUCCGCGUCGGCCGCGAGUUUACCAGCCACGCACUGCCUGCACGCGCUCGAUCCGCCGCCGGGCUGCAACAAUGUGACUCUCUAUGGCUUUCAGAAGCCCCCCUUUUUCAGUCUCCAUUAACGGCCCAGCACUGAGCGAGGCGAGAGGAUUGUAACGUAAUGUCUUCAGAUUGGAGUUACAGCUGCCUCUAUACUGAGGCGAUGGCAAAAUCACAGUGGCAACCCUGUGCUGGUGCACAGGCAACACUGUGACUCUUACUUGUGAUCUCCUGACCUCUGUGACCUAUGAGUCGAGAUGGCGACUCACCGAAAGCACCUGGUCCGAGAUUUCAACCGAUAUAUCACCUGCUCAAUUUGCCGUGGGUACCUGAUAAAGCCCACAGCUGUCACAGAAUGCCUGCACACUUUUUGUAAGAGUUGUAUCGUUCAGCACUUUGAGGAGAGUAAUGAGUGUCCAGAAUGUGGGAUACAAGUCCAUGAAACCAACCCUUUAGAGAUGCUGAGGCUAGAUAAAACCCUGGAGGAAAUCAUCUUCAAGCUGGUGCCUGGGCUAAGAGAGAAGGAGGAACAACAGGAAAGUGAGUUUUGGAGAAAAAAUAAGAUCUUAUCAAAUGGAGAAGACGGCCCUAUGGCUAAGAAAGCUCACCUGAGUGAUGAAGAGGACGAUGAUGGGAAAGGUGGAGACUACCACAGGAGUGAUCCUCAGAUCGCUAUUUGUCUGGACUGUCUACGAAACAAUGGCCAAUCAGGAGAAAGCAUAGUUAAGGGUUUAAUGAAGAAAUUCAUCCGUUGCUCCACUCGUGUUACAGUGGGAACCAUUAAGAAGUUCCUCUGUGUAAAAUUAAAGCUGCCAAGCUCUUAUGAGCUCGAUGUUUUGUGUAACGGAGAGAUCAUGGGCAAAGACCACACCCUGGAAUUCAUCUACCGCACUCGCUGGAGACUUCAGGGUGACAGUGCUUACCCCAUGGUUCUCGAGUACCGUCCAAGGAUCGACUUUGGUUAAACAGCACUUACGGCUUUGCAGAAAUCUCAUGCAGACUAAUGUCAAGAGAUGAACAAAAAGCAGAAAAGCUGAAUGAUUGUGCCUCUGUUGAAAGACAACAACACAAAGCCCCAUGACUGACAGGACUGCUCACUUCUUCCUGUGCGCUGCUUCAGCCUCUACUCCUCCAUUCCUCCCUCUUUUAAUUUCCAUUUCCACAGUUGUGACUCCACCCACUGGCACUGUAUCAAGUUUGUUGAUUACAUUCCUCCAAAGCUUUCUCUGCAUGUUGUCUGUAUGAUGACAUUUUAGCGUAAAGUGGCCUGUUGGGAUUAUCUGAUAGCAAUCUAGCACAGAGAGUACGCUAAAACUCAUCGCAAAGAUGCGCCCCGACCAGGUGACAAGUUUAAGGAAUAAGAUGAAGUCUCACUAGAUUUUAGGUUUUAUUAGGCGAUUUUAUCUAAGAGUUUGCACUAGAGGCAAAUCCAAAUGCCUCGCUGUAUUGUUGCUGUUCUGUGUUACCUUUAAACUCUCUCUUUAUCUUUUUGGUUACUUUACUCACUUGCUCUGACUGUCCACAUUGUCCCUCAUAUAUUCGAUCACACAAACUCGCCUUCUCUUUCUCAGCCUCUUUCCAUCUUCCCUUACACUCUCUCAUUUUUCUCCGAUGGUGUUUUUGGCUCUGGUCUGAAGUAUUGAUGGAUCUCAUUCAGAUGGAAUUGAAUGAGAGCACUGUAGAUGCCCCAAAAUAACAGCAUUGAAAGGCACUGGGUAAGCAUUUUUCCUUCACAUCGAGUUGAGGCCAAAUCUUACUUUCACCCAAACUAGAUCAUUAUCUUAAUAGAAUUGAUAUAACAAUAACUGAUGCCAGAAAUGCUUAAUGCAGUAAUUCACUGAGAAAUCUCAUCUUUGAAAACUGUUGAAUGGGGAAUGACUGAAGUGUGCCAGCUGCAUCUCUCGAAGAGCAGCUUUGUCUCACAGGCUGUUAGUUGUAAACAUUCUGUUGUUUCCUGUUUUAAUCAGACAUACAUUUAAAUGAGAUGAAGCAAUCAGAUUCACCCUCAACAGACAUCUGAAUUUUAAAAACAUCAGCCGGAUUGUUAAUAAUUCACUUUAUCCGUGUAUUUUGAGUGUUGUGUAGCAAAUUAAGACCAUGCAUUUUAUGCAGUUUGUGAUGUCUGCAAAAACAACUGUGCAAAGGACAUGCCAAAAUUACAUUUGGUUACUUCCACAAAGUAUAAGAAAAGUCCAUAUCUGAUAUUUCUCAUUGUGCUUCUCUACUACACAACAUGGACAUGUUUGUAAAGAGAGUUUGAGAUUCAAUCAUCAUGUUUGAAAUAUUCUAGUGUUAUUUUGGAACAUUAGUUCAGAUAAGGUCAUAGGUUAACUCUCUAAGUUUGUUUACAUGACAGUGUUACUCUUUAAUACGUACGUGUAGUAACCUGUGAUAUGGAUAUUCCAUUUGAACUCAUAAUUACAAGAAAAAAGUGAAGACCAAACUGAUAAAGUUGCCAAACUGAUUUUAUGCACAUUUCCAGAAUGCAUUUUGAGAAUUAAGGGUUCAAAACAUGGAGCUUUUCCAAUCCAGAUUAUAUGAUGGUACUCAACAUAGAACAGAAUUACAUGAAUUAUUACGUGGACAUUUGUUUUGGAUAAUCUCAGGGGAUGACACCUGGUGAAAUGUUUAGUGUUUGGGGUUUGUUUAGUGUUUUUUUUUUCCAUUUCAGUUUUGGAAUCAAGGAAUCAUUACAAUGGGUUUUAGAAAUUAGAGUCCCUGCAGUGCUGGAAGUCACUACAGUUAAUCAAAAUAUACAUAUACGUAGAAUCCAA